AUGGCACCCAAACGCCCCAACUUUCUCAUUAUGAUGGCGGAUGAUCUGGGGUUCUCCGACUUGGGCUGUUACGGAGCCGAGAUUAAGACGCCAAACUUGGAUAGACUCGCCGACGAAGGACUUCGGAUGAGUGACUAUCAUGUUGCAGCGGCGUGCUCACCGACCCGCUCAAUGUUACUUUCUGGAACAGAUAACCACAUCGCUGGGCUUGGUGUAAUGCACGAGCAUAAGAGUAUGGAUCCUGAUCGAUGGACCGGACCAGGAUCAGAGGGAUAUCUCAACUUCGAUAUUGCCGCUCUGCCUGAAGUGCUUUCAGACAAUGGCUAUUGGAAUUGCAUGGUAGGAAAAUGGCAUCUCGGUCUUCGCGACGAUACAAUCCCCUCUGCUCGAGGAUUUCACAAGAGCCUCAGUGUUCUGCCUGGAAGCUGCAAUCAUUUCGGCUGGGAACCUGCCUGGGAUCAGGUCGUGCAGGGGCAGAAUUUUAAUCCUGCUCGAGUGCCGAGGAUCUACGUCAAAGACGGCCACAAGGAAGCCAACAUUACUAAUUCUGCAGAAGGCUGGUUCUCUUCGACGUCUUACGCUCAAAGGAUGAUCGAGUAUUUCGAGUCCCGAACGGAAGAAGAGAAAGAACAGCCCUUUUUUGCAUAUCUAGCCUUCUCCGCGCCUCACUGGCCUCUUCAAUGCACGGCAGAGGACCGCGAUGCAUACCGUGGAGUGUAUGACGCAGGUCCAGAUGCUCUUCGCGAAACGCGAUUGAAGCAGCUCAUCAAGGCGGGUAUAGUUCAGCCGAACGCGACGGCUUACCCAGUCGUCACAAAUCAUCCACGCUGGGAAGAUAUGGACGACGCAACGAGAAAAUUUAGCGCGAGGUCUAUGGAGGUCUAUGCGGGCAUGGUUACGUCCAUGGACAGAGCGGCAGGUAUGGUCCUACGUUAUCUGGAAAAGAUUGGGGAGCUGGACAACACAUUUGUGAUCUUUCAGUCGGAUAACGGAGCUGAAGGCGCCUCGAAAGAAUCGAAAGGGGUCAUGGACGAUUUCACGAUGGAUAUAAACCGAUACUAUGACAAUUCAUAUGAAAAUCUUGGCAAUCACAACUCUUUCUGCUGGUAUGGUCCCAGAUGGGCUGCCGCUGCAACUGCUCCACAUCGAAUGUACAAAGGCUAUUGCACUGAAGGUGGAAUUCGUGUACCCUGCGUCAUACGCUACCCCCCGCUGACUCAAGCUGCCCCUGGCACCGUCUCCCACGCCUUCGCAACCUGCAUGGACAUUAUGCCGACCUUUUUGGAGCUGGCAGCAGCCAGGCAUCCGAACCCAUCCCCGUCCCAUCCUCGCGCCACUGCGCCAUACAGGGAUCGACGCGUUUUUGGGAUGAGAGGGAAAUCCUGGGUGUCUUAUCUCUCAGACCGUACGCCCUCGUCUGCUUCGUCAGAUCACGAAAUGAAUGCUAUACACGGCUAUGAUGAUCCGGCUGUAGGAUGGGAGAUCUACAAUCGAGCCGGGCUGCGAUUUGGUCGUUGGAAAAUCAACCACAUGCAAUCUGACACUGCAACUGGGACGGGUCAAUGGCAACUAUACGACCUCUCGAUGGACCAAGGAGAGACGAAUGACCUAGCAAAUGAGCAACCAGAGAAGCUUGCGGAGCUUAUAGAAAAAUGGAAGCAAUAUCAGGAGGAGACAGGGACGGUGUUUGGCCCGGCCCUGAAAUACGGACAGAGACAUCCGCUACCUGACCCCUUACCGAUAGGUACUGACUAUGUCAUGGAUAAUCUUGCUUGGAUACACCUUGGGGUUGGGAAGAGACUAGGGGAUGAGGGCAAGGCCAUCCCGAGCCCUCGAAAGGCGUAUUAG